AUGGCCUCUCUGUGCAAUUUCGUUGUAUCGUCCUUCGCUGCUCGUCAGCCUAGGCGGGGUAUCGCAUUGGAUGAGCAUGGCAUCCUCUUCAGUCAGUCUACUGUAUUUUCCGCUCAAAUCCGCAGGGGAACACCUUUUUUGAGGAUUGGCGCGCCCUUCAGUGUCCAGUGUAAAGCGGUUUCUGUUAAGCCCCAGACGGAGAUAGAAGGCUUAAACAUUGCUGAAGAUGUUACACAGGUGAAUUCUUAUAUCUCAUGAUUUCUCUCCUGAAGAGGCGUGAGCUGAAACCCUUGAUAUAUGAUGGAAUAACUUAUGCAGCUUAUUUUCCUGCCUGCAUUAGCGAUUAAUGCGAUUUCUCUGAAUAUUAACGUCGUCCUAUUUUCUGUAAGUUUAUGUUGUUGAAAGUGUUGAUGAAACGGAUACGUUAACUUCGAGAGGUUGUCGUUUGCAGUAAUCCUGGCCUUAAGAGGUCCGACCAUCAGUGGUACCCAAAACCUUUAAUUUUUCUGUUUUACCGGUUAUGAAUUUGUCUCCUUGCUGACAUAUGAUCCCUCCUAGCAAUCAUGAAACUUGCUCCAUUUCCCUUCAGGUCAGUCUCUUUGUUAAUCGGAAGCAAUUUCAUACAGCACCUUUUGGUACUGCUUUUAGCAGAAGGCCUGGAGGAUAUUUCAAUCCCAUGUGUUGAUGGCCCAUCUACUUUUUAAAAAAUUUGUUCUGCUCUUUCCUCAGAUGAUGGGCUGGAAAAUCAGCCUAUAGGAAUAAUUCUUAAAAUUCUGAUAAUUUUGUUCAUCUUAUUUAAAAUCGUGUUUUUGUUGUCUUCUUAGGCUUCUCCUUUUAGAUGGUGCUUUUAGUUAAUAAUUAAUGACUAAACAUUGGAUAUAUGAUGAGCAAUUUUAUACUUGAAUAUCCCUGACUUCUUAAAGACUUCAAAAGUGUAUUAAAAUGAUCGUAUAAUCAGAUUCCAUCUAAUUUGGAUUUGUAGUGCACCUUUCUUUUUAUUUAGCCGAAAACUGAUUUUCUCUGUAUUUCACUGCUUUUACUGUGCUAGCUUAUAGGGAAGACACCAAUGGUAUACCUGAACAACAUUGUAAAAGGUUGCGUUGCUAAUGUUGCUGCAAAACUUGAGAUAAUGGAGCCAUGCUGCAGUGUCAAGGAUAGGUGAGGACUACGACUACUUUUUUCAUAAUAAUAUUGAAGAGAAUUAUGAUGCUACUUGUAAUCUCGUGUAAUCAGGAUAGGUUACAGUAUGAUUACUGAUGCUGAACAGAAGGGUCUCAUAGCUCCCGGAGAGGUAAUUAAGCAGUGAUUCUGCAAUGCCAUUUUCAUUCUUCAUCUAGUCUCAUAUUGUCAUCGUUUGUCAUAAUGUGAAGAGAUGAUUUGGAGUUGAUACUCAGAUGCACACAACAACAAUUUCGUUUCGUGCUACUGUUGAUUGUUUCACAUUGAAUAAGCGGACUUAACUUCUAGUAUUUGUUUGAUUCAGUGAGGAUUCUUUUUCAUGCUCAUUUUCUGUGAGUUGGUAAUCCGUACAUCUGUUUUUCUGUGUCACAGAGCAUACUUGUGGAACCAACAAGUGGAAACACCGGCAUUGGUCUCGCAUUUAUUGCUGCUUCUAGAGGGUAUAAGUUGAUUUUGACAAUGCCUGCAUCGAUGAGCAUGGAAAGACGAGUCCUCUUAAAAGCCUUUGGAGCAGAGCUUGUCCUUACUGAUUCUUCUAAGGGCAUGAAGGGAGCAGUUCAGAAAGCUGAAGAGAUCUUGAAGAAUACUCCAAAUGCCUACAUGCUUCAGCAAUUUGAUAACCCUGCAAAUCCCAAGGCAAGAUACGAUUACUGAAGGAUGUAGUCACUGGUCUCAGGAAGAAGGAAACUUCUCUGCUCCCUUUAUAAUUUAUUUAUUUAUUUUCUUUGUAUGCUUGGUACAGAUUCACUAUGAGACCACCGGCCCGGAAAUCUGGGAAGAUACAAAGGGGAAAGUGGAUAUCCUAAUUGCAGGGAUAGGAACGGGUGGAACCAUUUCUGGUGCAGGUCGCUUUCUGAAGAGCAAAAAUCCCAACAUAAAGGUCUGCUGUCAUAAUUUUAAUUUUAUAUUUUGUAUUCCCUCCUAUAUUCGAGCUUCAUAAACAGGUUAUACUUUCAUGACUAAUGGCUUGUGGAAAUAUCUUUUUCUCUAAUUUUGCGGUUCUCAUUUGCUCUAAUUUCAGGUUGUUGGCAUUGAACCUGCCGAAAGCAACAUUCUUUCAGGGGGAAAACCUGGUAAGAAAAUGAAAUCAGAGGUAUUUUACUUUUUGCUCCCGUAUUAAUCUAAUCGAAAUAAUGUAGGCCCACACAAGAUUCAAGGUAUUGGGGCAGGUUUUGUUCCGAGGAAUUUAGACCAUGAAGUUGUGGAUGAAGUUUUAGAGGUCUGUGCUUUCCUCUUACUUCUUAUUUUUGGCAAGGGAUUGCCUGAAUCCUUAAUUUGUGAUUGAACUGACGUGUUUUGUUUGUUUAUCUGCAUCAUUUUUUUGAUGAGAUUGAUGCUUGGAUACGACUUUCUUCUGUAUCUUCUGGUAGUAACAUAUGCAAACGGAUAUUCAUUCCUUUCCCAGCAUAGAUAUCCACUUGGUUUUUUUUAUUCUUCUUUGCACUGGGAAAGUCGAUUCCCAUCCUUCCUUUCCUCUUCCUCUCUAAUUUCCCACCUUUUUAACUUAAGAGUUCUGCUUCUUCAGAGUAAGGCUGGUCUAUCUCUUAGUGUAUUAGUUUCUCACAAUCAUUGUAAUUUGUUAUAUUUUCUUUUAUCUUGCUUUAGUGAGCAUCAGUUUAGGUCUUACCUCCCAUGUUGAACAUGUAAUUAAUUCAUUUCUAAUUUACUUUAUUCUCUAUUCGACUUGAAUUCUUUUUAUGAUUACCAUGAUUAGUAGAAAAUUCAUGUAACUCCCAAGCAUUUUUCAUUUUCUGGGGCGUAUUACAGAUUUCCAGUGAUGAAGCUGUUGAGACCGCCAAGAAAGUAGCUUUACAGGAAGGCCUGCUGGUGAGUCUCACCCGUCAUUUCAAUUACGCUGUGCAUUAUACAUUAGUUACAAGUGUAGUAUGACAUUUUCAGUUCUCUUAUAUGAAUCCAGAUUAACUGUAGCUUUUAUAAUUUACGAAGAUAUGCUCCAAAGAUGUUUGUCAUUUUUGCCUGAUUUUCUCACUCCAGAUGCACCUGGGAGGAUAAAUAAACAUGCCUUUCACAUCAUUCUUGUUGCAUUGACCCUUAUGUUAUCCAAUAACCUUUUCUUUCUAGUAUUCAAUAUUUACCAAUUUAAAUAGAGGACUAAACUAUCGGUUCGUAAAAUUAGGGUUCUCAACUGUAGAAAAUCAGGAAUGCAGUGAUCAUAAAAUGGUCUUCGCUUUGACCAAGAACUGUAAUCAUGUGGACCAUAGUCUUGUGUAUGUCUCCUUCUGCUUCAAUGACUGAACUUGGAUGAUUUGUGCUGGAGUGAGGUAAUUCUUGAUCGUAUUAAAGAUCAUGACGCUCAUAUCUUCUUUUUUCCAUGAAAUCACGUCUGAUAUGCUCUGUAGCUGGUAAGAGAUCUCAUAGUUGUCUCACUUUAGAAAGACAUUAAUCUGAUCUUUCUUAUUUCUUAUGUUUCCAAGCUGGUCCUUGAUUUAAAAAAAAGAAAUCAUUAUUUUUUUAAGCCAGGUGUGCUUCUUAUGUUUUAUUUCAUUUUUUCUUUAGUGUUCUCUGGUUUCCUGAAUCAUAAAACUCUCUGCAGGUCGGCAUUUCUUCUGGAGCAGCGGCAGCUGCUGCCGUUAAGGUUGCAAAGAGGCCUGAAAAUGCAGGAAAACUCAUUGUGGUAUGCCUAAAUCUACUCUUUCUCGCUAUUUAUGGAAUGGGAAAGAGAAUUUUUCUCAUUCAUAUCAAGAGAAUCAUUUCCAUUCGGAUAUAAAACUCUGAGCUCACACUUGCUGCCACCGCCACAGCAGCCACAGGGGUGCCAUGUGGCUGUCUGACCGGGCCCAAACUUUGAUAGAUGUUCAUUCCUAAGCGAGUUUUCUGGGCCCAGCUUUGUGGGGCCCAGGCCACUGACCCCUUGGGCGGCCAUCUUAUUAUGUCACGAAUAUCCUCAUUCUGUGGCAGAAAUAUAAUUAUGAAAUUUCAUGUGAACUGGGCAUUUAAGGUAUAGGUCUUUCCUUUCAUUAAGCGGGACGUUUCCUGCAAAGAUUAUACAUACUACAGUCAUGCUCUUGAGAUAUAUAUAUAUAUAUAUAUAUAUAUAUAGAUAGAUAUCAUUUAGGGUAAUUCUGCAAGCAUAUGUUUUCCUGGGGGGUUAUACGUGAACAGCCAAAAUUCUUUAGUCCCGGUCAACCCAGAUCAUGUCCCCAUUUUUCUGUGAAAUUGGGGGGGCCUGCAGAUCAAGCCUAAAAUAGGAAAAUGUACCCGGCCCAGAACCCCGCUAUGCGACUGUUUCUCUAUCUCUCUCUCACACACACACACCUUUUUUCUCUCUACUGCAUUUUGCGGAUUUUUGUCUACCCCGCCAAAUUUGUUGAUUAAUAUUUUCUUGAUUCACUGAAUUUAGUCUCCGGUGGGAGCAAUUUUUCUGUAAGGUUUCUCGGUCAACUCACCUUUAAUGCGUUGACUCAGGUGGUGUUCCCGAGCUUUGGGGAGAGGUAUCUCUCUUCCGUGCUGUUCCAGUCAAUAAGAGAAGAAUGCGAGAAGAUGCAGCCGGAGGCAUGA